GAGAGCGAGGACGAGAGCGACAUCCUGAAGAGAGCCCGUGUGGCCGCUGGCAGAAGCGGCGGGAGCAGGUGAACCAGGGGAACGUGCCCGGGGUCCAGAGCACCUUCCUGGCCAUGGACACGGAGGAAGGGGUGGAGGUGGUGUGGAACGAGCUGCACUUCGGUGACAGGAAGGCCUUUGCCACCCAUGAGGAGAAGAUUCAGACCAUGUUUGAGCAGCUGGCGCUGGUGGACCACCCCAACAUUGUCAAGCUACACAAGUACUGGCUGGAUGCCUCUGAGGCCCGAGCUCGGGUCAUCUUCAUCACAGAGUACGUGUCAUCAGGCAGCCUCAAGCAAUUCCUCAAAAAGACAAAGAAGAACCACAAGGCCAUGAAUGCCAGGGCCUGGAAGCGCUGGUGCACGCAGAUCCUGUCCGCGCUCAGCUUUCUGCACUCCUGCAGUCCUCCCAUCAUCCAUGGGAACCUGACAAGUGACACCAUCUUCAUACAGCACAACGGCCUCAUCAAGAUUGGCUCUGUGUGGCACCGAAUCUUCUCCAAUGCGCUCCCGGACGAUCUCCGAAGCCCCAUCCGCGUUGAGCGGGAGGAACCUCGGAACCUGCACUUCUUCCCGCCAGAGUACGGAGAGGUUGCUGAUGGCACUGCCGUAGACAUCUUCUCCUUUGGGAUGUGUGCACUGGAGAUGGCUGUGCUGGAGAUCCAGGCCAAUGGGGACACCCGGGUCACAGAGGAGGCCAUCGCCCGUGCCAGGCACUCCCUGAGUGACUCCAACAUGCGGGAGUUCAUCCUCUCCUGCCUGGCCCGGGACCCUGCUCACCGGCCCUCUGCCCACAACCUCCUCUUCCACCGUGUGCUCUUCGAGGUGCACUCGCUGAAGCUCCUAGCAGCUCACUGCUUCAUCCAGCACCAGUACCUCCUGCCUGAGAAUGUGGUGGAGGAAAAGACCAAGGCAAUGGACCUGCAUGCAGUCCUGGCAGAGAUCCCCCGGCCCCACCAGCCCCCACUGCAGUGGCGGUACUCAGAGGUCUCCUGCUUGGAGCUGGACAAGUUCCUGGAGGAUGUCAGGAAUGGGAUCUACCCACUGAUGAACUUUGCUGCUGCUCGGCCCCUGGGGCUGCCCCGUGUGCUGGCCCCACCCCCCGAGGAGGCCCCGAAGGCCAAGACCCCGACGCCAGAACCCUUUGACUCGGAGACCAGAAAGGUGAUCCAGAUGCAGUGUAACUUGGAAAGAAGCGAGGACAAGGCCCGCUGGCAUCUCACUCUGCUUCUGGUGCUGGAGGACCGGCUGCACCGGCAGCUCACUUAUGACCUGCUCCCAACCGACAGCGCCCAAGACCUCGCCUCUGAGCUAGUGUACUACGGCUUCGUCCAUGAGGAUGACCGGACGAAGCUGGCUGCCUUCCUGGACAGCACCUUCCUCAAGUACCGCGGAACUCAGCCAUGACUUUGAUCAUGCACCUCAGUCCCCUAGCCCCGGGAACCAGACCUCUCAGCCCACGGCCCAUUUGGGGAAGCUCAGCAUUGGCCCCUGGGUCAGGGUGGGGGACCAGGGGCUGCCUUCUGCCUGUGUGCCUGGAAGCUGUGGACCAAACACCUCUAGUGAGCUUCCAAGGGGCCCAGGGGUGGGCUGAGGGUGGUGGGGUUGGGCCCAUCAGGGGGCGAGGGAGCCGGGGGUGGGGGUAGGGAGAGUGGCUAGGCCCAGCAGGUCCUUAGGAUGCAAGGAGCCAGCCUCCAUGCAGCCAGCAUCCCUCCCACCUCCUUCAUUUCCGGGCCUCAGUUACAUGCCAGACACUGGUCAGUGACCAAGCCCUUGGUGUGAGGGUACCUGGACCGCGGGGAGCCACGGCACAGUGCUGGUGCUGGGGGUCAGCCCUGGACAGACGUAUGCCUGGGGAGACAGUCCAUCCCAUGUUGGUACCACAGGCCCACACAAGGAACCACCACCUUCAUCGAAUGGUAAAGCACCUGCAGGUGUCAGGCACGCCGCUGGGCGUGGGGCAGGGCCAUGACCUGGCAGGGUAAGCAAAGGGCAGAGACACUCGGAGAAGCCCAGGUUCCCAGCUCCAGGGGGCUUUGGCCCCCACCCCCGACCCCCUGUCCAGGAGAGACCCCCUCUGGAGCCCCUCAGACUCUCCAUUGCAGCUGCCUCUGCAGACACUGACACUCUCCUGUCUCCUGCAGCUCCUCCUGAGCGCUGUUUCUCUCCUCAGGCCUCAGCCCAGAGUGGGCAGGGUCAGGUGUCCUCCCCGCCUACCUCCUCUCCAGCCCGCCUCUCUCAUCUCCUCCCAGGCAGCUGCAUCCCUGGGUCCUAAGGAUGUCAGUUCCUGGUUCCCAGUCUCUCCCCAUUGCCCUAGCCUCGGUUCUCUUGGACCAGCCUCCCUCCAUUUUCAAACUUAAUCAUCCUCAAACAUUUUAAUCUGCAUGGAUAAAUUCAGUGCAUUCAGGUUUCUUUUUAAGCGCUUCAAAUGUCAAACAAGAAAGGCUUACCGCUGUAUUAGUUCUCUGUUGCUAUAAGAAUUUACUACAAACUCAGUAGCUGAAACCAACACAUUUCUAUAGUUCUGUAGGUCAGAGGUCUGCCAGAGAUCCCACCAGACUAAAACCAAGUUGUUAACAAGACUGAAUGUCUUUGUGGAGGUCCUGGGGGAGAACCCAUUGCCUGCUCCUUUGGGUUGUUGGCUGGCAGGUGUCAGGCAUGGCUCUGGGCACUGGGCAGGAACUGAUCUCCUUGCAGUGAUGGGGCUGAGGUCCCCAUUCCUUGCCUGCUGUAAACUGAAGGCCAUUCUCAGCUUCUAGAGGCUGCUACAUCCCUUGGCUCGUGGCCCCUUCCUCCAUCAUCAAAGCCAGCAACAUCAGAUUGAGUCUUUCUCAUGAGCUAUGUCUGCUUUUCUGCAGGCAAGAAAGCUUCAAGUGACUAAGUUAGGUACAUCGGAUAAUCCAGGAUAAGUUCCCCACCUCAAAGUCCUUAAUCUUAAUCAUAUCUGCAAAAUUCCUUUUACUGUGUGAAGUAACAUUCACAGGUUCUGGGGUUAGGACAUGGACAUCUCUGCAGGGGUGGUGGGGUGGCCGUGACCCACCCACAACAUCGCCCUAGCCAAAACCCAGAACACCUUGCUAAGGCAUUCAAAUAAUUCCAUGUACAAAUAAAUAUAGUGAAUCUCAAGUUACCUUAAACAUGCCAAUACUCUUUACAAAAUUAUUCAAGUUCUCACACCUUUCAACUUAAAAUUACAGUCUGAAAUCACUUUCACAUCCAGUUGGCAGUCCUGAUGCUAAGCUGUCUGAUUCUGCAUCUUCUUAAAUAGUGCGAGUGUCAAGUGCGUAACAGACUGCCGGCAAUUAAACCGAAGUCAAAAGGAUCAAUGCUACCAUUGCUUCAUGUAAUGUCUAUGCUGAGGUUUUCAUUUUAACGUUUAUCUU